CCGCCGUGUGUUGGACUGUUAUUACACCCAAUGGCCUGACUGGUAGUAAUAGUGUGUCCGUGGUGCGGCGGUGAACACACUGGAUGGGACAGGACAACGGCUACAUGGGGGACGCAGGCGACAGCGGCUGGUAGACCCGCUCCCUUCUGCCCGGAGCCGCAAAUCUGGACGCAUCUCUGCGGCUUUUACGACGCUCCUCUGCCGGGAAUCGACCUGAUGAAAGCCGAGCAUGAACACAUCGCAUUUGAGUGUCUCCUCCUCUGAGCAUGGACUGACCAUAUCCCUACUCUGGAUGAUUUGAUGGGGCUGCUCAGAGUCAUGAUGCCGCCCAAGUUGCAGCUUCUGGCGCUGCUGGCGUUCGCAGUGGCCAUGUUCUUCCUGGAGAACCAGAUCCAGAAGCUGGAAGAGUCCCGGGGAAAGCUCGAACGAGCCAUUGCCAGACACGAGGUACGAGAGAUCGAGCAGCGACAUACACAGGACGGCCAGAGGGAUCGGGAUUCAGCGGCUACAGUGUCCAACAGCGAAGAUGACAUGGUCAUCAUCUACAACCGCGUGCCCAAGACGGCCAGCACCUCCUUCACCAACAUCGCCUACGACCUGUGUGGGAAGAACCACUACCACGUCCUGCACAUCAACACCACCAAGAACAACCCAGUCAUGUCCUUACAAGACCAGGUGCGGUUUGUAAAGAAUGUCACUGAAUGGAGGGAAAUGAAGCCGGCUUUCUACCACGGGCACGUCUCCUUCCUGGACUUCACCAAGUUUGGUGUGAAGAGGAAGCCCAUCUACAUUAAUGUGAUCAGGGACCCCAUUGAAAGGCUGGUCUCCUAUUAUUACUUUCUGCGUUUCGGGGACGACUACAGGCCCGGCUUGAGACGCAGGAAACAAGGAGACAAGAAGACAUUUGAUGAAUGUGUAUCAGCUGGCGGCUCAGACUGCGCACCGGAGAAACUGUGGCUCCAGAUUCCUUUUUUCUGUGGUCACUACUCUGAAUGUUGGAACGUGGGCAGCCAGUGGGCUCUGGAGCAGGCCAAAUACAACCUGGUGAACGAGUACAUGCUGGUCGGAGUAACGGAGGAGCUGGAAGACUUUGUCAUGAUGCUGGAGGCCGCGCUGCCACGAUUCUUCAAAGGAGCCACUGAGCUGUACAAAACAGGCAAGAAAUCCCACCUAAGGAAGACCAGUGAGAAGAAGCCGCCCACAAAGGAGUCCAUCGCCAAGCUGCAGCAGUCGGCCAUCUGGAAGAUGGAGAACGAGUUCUAUGAGUUUGCACUGGAGCAGUUCCAGUUCGUCAGGGCACAUGCUGUCAGAGAAAAGGACGGUGAACUCUACCUGCUGGCACAGAAUUUCUUCUAUGAAAAAAUCUACCCCAAAAACUAAAGCGACCGCAGCGUCUGUAGAAGAGUUUUGGAGAUGGACAGAACACUUCGCACGCGCUCAGCUGUGCAAUCCGUGACGAAAGAGAAGGAAGGCAGGAGUCACGUGAGACUCGGGGACUACUGCUGACUGUGUGCUUCGUUUGUAUGUGCGACUGAGAACAUGAUGUGAAACAAUCCGACUCUGACGCAGCAGUCGGACUGGUGACGGUCGUUAUUCGUGUCGGUGGCAGCCAGCUGGACGGGGAGCUUGUGUUUCGUCAGCAGCGUCAGCGGGCUGCAACCCAGCAGCUCCUCCACUCCCCUUCACUUCCAUGCCAAAGGUCGUCUGAGCUGACAGCUCCUGCCGGCACGUGUCCGAAGACGACCCGCCCGCCGUCGGUCAGACCUCGACUCCUGAUCGGCUCUCACUGUUCUUCUAUCCAAACAAAACAUUUUCUUUGGCUCUGUACUGUUUGGUUGUGUUUGGUUGUGUUUUAUCUCUUUACUCUGGUUGUCGUUCGUAUGUAAAGACAUUUUUCAUGGCGAAACGACAUCCUCAUGCCUCACCACCACUUACUAACUUGAAGAGACUUUAACUGUAAGAAACUGGCUACCUUGCUGUAUUAUUGGACUUGAAUGGGAACGUUUGAGGUUUUUAUGAAAUAAAAAUCCUGUGACUAUGGACUA